CCGCGUUGCUCGUGCAUUAGCCUUAAGCAGCUACCUGCUCUCCGGAAAGUAGUUCCUGUGUGCGAUUUAUGUAAACUAACAGUUAUUUUCAGCGUAGACCUUCAUUCGACACACGAAGAUACACUCUCAAGGUCCCUGGGCAGAAAGUGCUGUCAGGUCUGGUUCAAGGUGGUUGAACAGUUAAUGCACAAGGUAAAGAGGCUGAAAAUUGAGGACAAAACAGAAGACGGCCAAAAAAGCGUCAGAGAGGCACUGGCAGGCAUGACGGGGGUUGACGAGCUCUCGGACAGCACAGAAGUUGUGGAAAUGGAGGAUGUGAAUCCCACCCAGUUCCAGGUUGAGAAGCACACAUGGGACGGCCUGCGGAGGGUCAUCCACAACAGCCGCAAAAACACUGGCGUGGUUAUCAACAAGGCACCACAUGACUUCCACUUCAUCCAGAAAGAUGAUGCCAGUCCUCACUCACAUCGCAUUUACUACCUUGGAAUGCCUUACACUAGCAGGGAAAAUGCCUUACUCUACUCAGACAUUCCCAAGAAGAUCCGCAAAGAUGCCUUGCUGGUUGUGUCAUGGAAACCAAUGCUGGAUCAUUUUCAGGCCAGCCCUCACCACGGGAUCUUCUCACGGGAAGAGGAGCUGCUGCGAGAGAGGAAGCGCUUGGGGGUGUCUGGCAUCACCUCCUAUGACUACCACCAAGCCAGCGGCAUCUUCCUGUUCCAGGCCAACAGCAGUCUGUACUACUGCCGGGAUGGUGGAAACACCACUUUAAUUACUUCUCCAGUGAAUCCCAUAGAGAUCAAAAGCCAUAAUUCGGGCACACGCAUGGACCCAAAGAUCUGCUCGGGGGACCCCAACUUCAUUGGUUUCAUCAACAACAAUGACAUUUGGGUGACAAAUAUAGAAACAGGAGAAGAGAAGAGACUCACUUUCUGCCAUAAAGGCAUUGACAACCCAAAAGAGGAUCCUAGAUCGGCUGGUGUGGCCACUUUUGUCACUCAGGAGGAAUUUGAUCGCUUCACCGGAUACUGGUGGUGUCCAGCUGCUUGUGAAGAGUCAGAUGGUGGUAAAACUCUGCAGAUUCUGUAUGAGGAGGUUGAUGAGUCUGAGGUGGAGAUCAUCCAUGUCCCAUCGCCGGCUCUGGAGGAGCGCAAGACAGAUGUCUACAGAUACCCACGUGCAGGAAGCAAGAAUCCUGAUAUCACUCUAAAGAUAGCAGAAAUAAGAACAGACAAUCUUGGAAAAAUUGUCAGCACACAAGAGAAAGAACUGCCUGUUCCCUUCACCACCCUUUUUCCCAACAUCGAGUAUGUUACCAGAGCUGGAUGGACGAAAGAUGGUCGUUACGCGUGGGCGGUCAUGAUGGACCGACGGCAGCAGCAUCUCCAGUUAGUCCUGCUGCCGCCUGCACUCUUCAUCCCUGCACAUCAGAGCCUAGCCAGAAGACAAGAGAGUCUGGAGGCACUUGGAGACACAGUCCAGCCCUUCAUCAUCUACCAAGAGACCAGUGAUAUCUGGAUCAAUGUCCAUGACAUUUUUCAUCCAUUUAUCCAAACCAGUGAUGAUGAGAUCACCUUCCUCAUAGUAAAUGAGUCUAAAACAGGUUUCUGCCACUUAUAUAAGAUCACCUCAGUGUUACAGAGGAGCAGCUUCAGCUGGGCCAAAGGCUACACACACUCUGAAGAUGAUUUCAAGUGUCCAGUCAAAGAGGAGGUGACGGUGACCAGUGGGGAGUGGGAGGUGCUGGCCAAUCAUGGAGCAAAACGUUCAUGCAGCCCUCAGAUUUGGGUGGAUGAAGCAGCUAAGCUGGUUUAUUUCCAGGGAACCAAAGACUCUCCUCUUGAGCACCACCUGUAUGUGGUGAGCUACGACUCGCCAGGUGAAAUCGUCAGACUCACCAAACCUGGUUUCUCCCACAGCUGCUCUGUGAGCCAGACAUUUGACAUGUUUAUCAGCCAUUACAGCAGUUUGACCACCGCUCCUUGUGUUCACAUCUACAAGCUGACGGGCUCAGACAGUGACCCGCUCCACAAAGAGCCUCAGUUUUGGGCGAGCAUGAUGGAAUCUUCUGGUUACCAGUUUGAUGCCAGUCCUCCUGAAAUCUUUAGCUUCACAGGGAAGUCGGGCUUUGAGCUGUACGGCAUGUUGUAUAAACCAAACCACUUGGUUCCUGGCAGGAAGCAUCCCACUGUUGUCUUCGUCUAUGGUGGACCUCAGGUUCAGUUGGUGAACAACUCUUAUAAAGGUGUGAAGUAUCUGCGUCUGAGUACGCUGGCAUCUCUGGGCUACGUUGUUCUGGUUAUUGAUGGGCGGGGCUCCUGCCAGCGAGGACUCAAGUUUGAAGGAGCUGUGAAGGACAAAAUGGGUCAGGUGGAGAUUGACGACCAAGUGGAGGGUUUGCACUACAUAGCUGAUAAGUAUAAGUUUGUGGACCUGACUCGCGUCGCCAUCCAUGGGUGGUCAUACGGAGGCUUCCUCUCUCUCAUGGGCCUUAUCCACAAACCGGAUGUAUUUAAGGUCGCCGUUGCAGGAGCUCCAGUGACCCUGUGGAUGGCCUACGACACCGGCUACACGGAGCGAUAUUUGGACACACCUGACAAAAACCAGAAGGGAUAUGAAGCUUGCUCUGUCGCCCUGCAUGUUGACGAACUCCCCAAUGAGCCCAACAGAUUGUUGAUCCUGCAUGGAUUUCUAGAUGAGAAUGUGCACUUUUUCCACACCAACUUCCUGGUGUCGCAACUCAUCCAAGCAGGAAAACCAUACAGCCUGCAGGUUUAUCCAAAUGAGCGUCACAGCAUCAGGUGUCCGGAGUCAGGAGAGCAUUAUGAGAUUACGCUGCUGCACUUCCUCCAGCAGAACCUCUGAUAAGCCUUGCCACACACUUAACAUCCGAUCCCUUUUCCCUACCCAUCUCAACACCUCUCCUUUUCACAUUCCACUUAUUCAAACCUGCCAUCACCUCUGACUUCACUUGAGUUUUUGAAUCCGUUUAAUUCAAGCUUCACCAAACCUUGUUGCACCUCAAGAGUCAUUAGUUAGUCUCAGAUGCUGCAGCACUUCAGCAUGAAAAUAUUAUAAGAGUUGGUGUAAUCUGCAUGAAAAAAAUUGUCAUUUCUUGGACCUCUGGUAGCUUUUAAUCUGCAUUUGUUUGCAAUGAUUGACAUAGCUUGAAGCUCAACCAGCAGAGGGCGCUGUUCACUCAGAACAAACGGGGAUGGAACAAAUAAAAAUUAUUUAUGUUUUAAAUGCUGCUUGCUGCAUCAUAAGCAGGGCAGCAUCACUAGCAAUGCAAAAACAAACAAAAAAACAUGUGGAACAUUUUCACAAAAUGAAAAGCAGUUCCUUUUUCUGGUGCCAUUCCUUUUUAGUAAUUCUUUUUUAAUGGGACCCAACUGACAAAGAUAUUGAUAUGCUCUCUGUGAAAAACACUGGUUUAAACUUAUUAAAUGUAAUACUCUUUAAGAGCAAAUGAGCAACUCUUAACCCCCUUUGUCACACACUUUGUAGUGUUUUUGCUGAGAUUAGUCUGUAAUGUGCUGUCAUAGAUUAUUUUAUAUGUGGUUAUUCAAGAAAAGAAAUAUUCAUGUAACAUUUUUAUUUGGUAAUAUUAUUAUUACAAAGAAGACAAAACAAAAUAAGAUUAAUGGUUCUUAAAGGUCAUAAAUGGUUGAAAUAUGUAGCAACCAGUUGCUUUUCUCUCGGUCUUUUGCUUUAACAUUUUGGGGAGCUUCUCUUUCUUCUGCUGCUGAGAACUUUUGCACAGUACAUGUCUACCUUGGUGCCAACAAACCAACCUAAAAGAUGAUUUUACAGAAAUGUUGGCGGUCUGAGGUGCCUUGCAAGAGUUUGAGACUAUAUAUAUAUAUAUAUAUAUAUAUAUAUAUAUAUAUAUAUAUAUAGAUGAUAUAGAUGUGUGUGUGUGUGUGUGUGUGUGUGUGUGUGUUUGUAUAUCAGGUAAUCUGUCACAGGACCCACAACAAUAGAAUGCCUUGUUACUUUCUAAACAUCUGCAAGAUGAGCUACUGCAAUCUGUACAUGGUUAAAUGUACUCUGAACUCUGAUAUUGAAAAACAUAAACUGAAGUGAACAAUC